AUGACGAAGGAAUUAUCACGUCGAGUUUCGUCUGUUUUGGACGACGAGGAGGCUACCCACUGCUAUAGACCAUCAUCUUUAGUGCCAAUAUCCACAAAGAGCUCGCUCCGAGCCAAACAUCAAAAUGUUGAUUACAUACCCCACGGAACUGGUUAUAAAUUAUUGGAUCCUGAUGGUAUUUAUGACUUGUUUAACUGGCACGAGUCCGAGAGAAAGCGCUUGAAAGCUGAGUUGGAGGGGUUACCGCAAGCUGACUUACAAGGACGACAGGUGGGGUAUACCUAUAGCAACGUGUGCUUUGACUGGUACGUGGCAGAGGAGCGGGUCAGCCUAAAUAGCAACGGGUAUUCUCUGUUAGUCUAAAAUGAGAGGAAAAGGCUGUUUUAUAGCCUUGACAGCAAUAUAGUAAAGCUUUGGGGACUUCAGAAACUCAUCAUUGGAGUGGUUGUGACUAUGACUUUGCUAAUUUUGACCAAAACUGUUUGAAGGACUACGCUCAUCGUACCAUCAGACCUCUCAAACCAACAGUUUUUGCGCAACUCGUUCAAAAUUAGUAUGCAAAUGAUAUGUUUCUCCACAGAAGGUUCGAAGAACACGAACGUAAUUUCAUAACUUCAGCUAGAAGGAAUUACAAUAAAGUUAUGAUUAACUAACUCCUCUUUGCUAAGAAAGUUGACUGCGAAAAUGUGAAAGUCUUUGAUAGGGAUUAGUCAUGCAGUAGUUUAGUCUUAGUAAAUACAUACUGAAUAAUCGCAUUUACCAAGUGAAGUAGAGAUGUUUUGAUUCCUUUUUCAUCAUCUUUAGGUGGUCAUUGAUAGAGACGAUGUUAAUAAAGUUCAUCAUUCGAUGUUCAAAAUAAUGGAAGACAUUUUUACGGGGACGAUAAAGCGUUUCAUGGGGUCAGAAGAAUCAGUAGUUACCGUAGCCACAUCAGACAAUGGAGGCAAAGCUAAUUUAUCCGACACGAAGGGAAUUGGAGAGCAAACUCAAAGUACCAUUUCAGGUCUGGCAUAUCGUGCUAAGAAAACUGCA